UAGAUUAUAUUUUUUUACAAAUUAGAUUAGACACAUAUUAUAAUGGAAGAAAAGAAACUUGGGGUCGUCUUCGAUGAAAAAAAGGAGGAUGGACCCCUAAUGGACACAGCCAUCAGAUACUCAGAAAGCACUACAGUGGUUGGUGUCUCUUAUAUAUUUGAUAGAGAACUGAAGGGAAAAGAUAGAUUUGCUUGGACUGUGUUCACUAUAUUUUUCUUUUUUUACGGAGUAUACUCGGUGAAUGAGACCUAUGUUGGCUGGGUUAAUCAACCAACUAUUACCACCAUCAAGCCGACAAAGAUAAACUUACAACAGGAAACUUUUCCAGCAGUUACUAUAUGUGCGGAUGGUAUGAACAUGCAGGUUGCAGAGGAAAUUCUCAAUGAACAGUUUAAAGCUUGGGAAAGAUCGUUUGAGCAAAAGUCAGGGCGAAAGAAAAGACAAACUGAAGACAACCCAUUCAAAAUAUUUCAAAAGGAAACAUUUGGUUUGGACUCCGACGACAUCGAAGUAAUGGAUCUGAUGUAUGCUUUGGCAUCCCAAAAUGUUGACAAAAUACCCCAUAAUAUAAUCAGGAAAAAUUUGAUGAAACAUUUUGACGGAAGGGAUAAAGCAACCAUCUCUUAUUUGCUUAAAGCAGCUUCCAGUAGAAAUUCUCCGCUUGACGAGCUAGCAAGAGCUUUAUCAGAUAAGCUUCAAUCUGCAUUAUUAGAUAAACUUACUGUAAUGCUAGCCGAUAACCUCAACACAUCUUUACUAGCUCAACUAACACCAACUUUGACAGAGGAGAUUGUUUCACAGAUUAUAACAACAACUUUUGCAGAUGGAUUUAUAACACCGUUGCUUGCUGAUCUUACAACAUAUUCAGAAGAAAAACUGAAUACAUCUUUAUUAUCUGAUCUAAAAACUAUUUUAUCAGAAAAGAUUUCAACAUUUCUGUCAGACACAUUGUCAACAACUAACCUAGACGCAUUAACAACAGCUUUAUCUGAUAAGUUUAUUACAGCUUUAGUAUCAGACCUUACGACGAUUUUAUCAGAUGAGGUUUCAACAACUGUAUCAGAUGAGCAUACAAUACUUUUAUUGGCUGAGUUAACAUCAACCUCAUCAAACGAGUUUGCAGCAACUUCAUUAGCUAAUCUCAUAACAACUAUAUCAAAUGAGCUAACAAAGUCCCUAUUAGAUAAGCUUCCAUUAGCUAUUGUUGAAAGGUUAACAACAACUCUAUCAGAUGAGCUUGAAACAACUUUAUCUUAUGAGCUUGCAGCAACUUUUUCGGAUAAGCUUACAGAAGUUCAAUUAAAUGAGUUUACAACGUUAUCAAGUAAUCUAUCAACAACUUUAUCAAAUGCUUUAUCAGAUAAUAUAAAGACAACUCUAUCAGAUAAGUUUACAAGAACCAUAUCAGAUGGGUUUACAACAGCUUUAUUCGAUGGGUGUGCAGCAGUUUUGUCAGAUAACCUCAAGGAAACUCUAUCACAUAUGUUAAGUAAUUCAACUAAUAUAUCAUCAAUUAUUUCAACAUCAACAAUUUCAAGUACAUCAAUUGCUUCAAAUACUUCACCUACUGCAAGUUCAACAAUGACUGAUCCAACUUCAACUACUUCAACUUCAACUACUUCUUCAAUAUCAACUGCCUCAACCACAGCAAUAACAACAACACCAACUUCCUUAACUACAACAAGUACAUCCACAACUUCGACUUCAAUUUCAACUAUUUCAACCUCCCCAACAACUUUUUCAACUUCAACACCUACUACUUCUACAACUUCAACUUCAACAACAGUUACUUCAACUUCAACUAUUUCAACUUCAACAACAACUACUUCAAUUUCAACAGCAAUUUCUUCAACUUCAACUACACCUUCUACGACUUCAACGACAACUACUUCAACUUCAACAACAAUUACUUCAAUUUCUACAACAACGGUUGAUGAUGAUGAUGAUGAUGAUGAUGAUGAUGAUGAUGAUGAUGAUGAUGAUGAUGAUGAUGAUGAUGAUGAAAAUGAUGAUGAUGAUGAUGAUGAUAAUGAUGAUGAUGAUGAUGAUGAUUAUUCAUCAACAGCUACUUCAACUUUAACAACAACUACUUCAACUUCAACUACAACUUUUUCAACUUCAACAGCAACUUUUUCAACUUCAACUACACCUACUACGACUUCAACAACAACUACUUCAACUUCAACAACAAUUACUUCAACUUCUACUACAACUGCUUCAACUUCAACUACACCUACGACUUCAACAACAACUACUUCAACUUCAACAACAACUACUUCAACUUCUACUACAAUUACUUCAACUUCAACUACACCUACUACGACUUCAACAACAACUACUUCAACUUCAACUACACCUACUACAACUUCAACAACAACUACUUCAACUUCAACUACACCUACUACGACUUCAACAACAACUAGUUCAACUUCAACUACACCUACUUCAACUUCAACAACAGUUACUUCAACUUCAACAACAACUACUUCAACAACUACAACAACAACAUUUAUGACAACGACAACAACAACUGCAAAGACUGUGGAAUCUUUGUUUAAAGAAUACGAAUCUUGUCUGAAGAACGAAGUCUAUACAAAUACUGAUGUGUGUCCUCCUAGUAAUGCAAAGUGUUGUAAAAUUAAAAUAUCGACAGAGGAUGCUGCAGUUUGUAGUAAAGCCACCUGUUGUGUAUGCGAUGAAUCAAAUGAUAAAUAUUGGAAAAAAUCCAACAACUGUAGUCCUAUUGUUUGUGCCAGUGGGAGAAGAAAACGACAGAUAAAUAAUGAUAACUCCACUACCACCACAUCAACGGAACCUACUCUAUCAGUGGCUGGAAACACUAGCUCCAACCUAUCUAUAAACUCCACCAACGACACAACUGUUAUAGAUACACGUACAUCAACUGAACCUACUCCAUCAGUAGCUGGACGGACCAACUCCAACCUGUCUACCAAGACAACUCUUAAAGAUACAAGGACAUCAACUGAACCCACUUUAUCUACCAACCUUCCCAAACAAGAAGCUCCAGAUGAUUUAAAACCAGUCAUAGAUGUAUUUUUAAACCCAGAGCUAAAGGAGAAACGACAACAAGUCAUAGAUGAUACGCUGGGAAAACUGAAAGAAAUCUUCAACAAGGAGAGUAUGAUGAAAAUGUACAAAAGUAUGUUUGAACUUCUCUGGUACUCAAGCUUACCAUGUUUCAAGCUACCAAGUGUAAACACAAAAAGUAUUCUUCAGCGUUGUACUUUCCACGGGAAAAGGUAUAAUUGUGCUGAAUUGUUUCAAACUGUUCCCACAGAUCAUGGCAUGUGUUGUUCAUUCAAUGCCAAAAAUGCCUUGAGAAACUCUUCAUAUUCUGAUCUGCUAAAUAGUAUGAGGAGCAAAGAUAAAGAUUUAAGAAAAAGCAUCAGCAAUGACACUGAUCACGAACCAUUCAAGAUAAAAUCAGGGAAGAGUAAAGGGUUAACACUUGUUGUAGAUCAACAUGCAGAUUCAGUUAGUUUUGGCACAAUGUUUAAGAAGUUUAGUGGGUUCCACAUAUUUAUUGGUGAACCUACAGAGUUCCCUGUUCUUGCAGAUCGUGGAACAUUAUUAGACACAGGACGUGAAACCAAUAUUGAUAUAUCAGGCUAUCUACUGCGUGCAGAUGAAUCUAUUGUUAGUAUUCCACCACAGGAGAGGAAUUGCUAUUUUGAAGAUGAAUCAAAUCUUGAACUCUACAGUCAAUAUACAUAUACUAAUUGUAGGUUUGAGUGCUUUAUUAAACGAGUGGCUGCUUAUAUUGGCUGUAUUCCAUGGUAUAUGCCUCAAGUCGAUGGAUAUCCGGCCUGUGAUCCCUGGCAAGCUAAAACGUUUAAGGAAGAGCUAACUAAGCAGAAUGAUGCUGGGUGUGGUUGUUUACCUAAUUGUGUCGGAUCAUCUCUACAAGCAAGAUCGAAUUCUGCUCCUCUACGGCGAUGUGACUCUUAUAAUAUAAACCUGAGUCCUCUGUGCUCUUUUGAAGACGACAUUGAGCCCUCAGCCUGGGCGGGAUUGGCUCAGUCAGUUUUUGGGGAUAAUGUUCCAUCGUACUUGGCUAGUAAAGUAAACUCUUCCCGAGAACGAUAUGAUUCAGAAGCAAAAAGAGAAAACGAGAUUAUCUACUCCCUUAGUAAGAGAGGUUCGUACGAUGCAUUUAAAGAAGACAUUGCUGUGGUAAAUAUCUUCUUCGGAAAAAGAGAAAUGACAGCUUUUGUAACCAGCGCCAGUUCAUCAUGGCCGAAUUUUUUCUCAAAUCUGGGAGGAUUUAUGGGACUCUGUGUUGGGAUGAGUUUGUUCUCUGUGAUUGAGUUAAUCUACUGGGUGGUUAUACAGUUCUCAAGAACUGCCAGGAGAAAGAAGAUGGACUAAAUCUGAAUGAUUGAUAUUUAUCCUCACAAAUAUUAAAUAACGCGUAAUAUAACAAAUGAUUCAAUAUGAUAAUAUUUAAAUAUAUGUGUGUAAUGCAA